UGGUUUGAGCGUGCCAGCAUGCUGGUGAUCCUGCUGAACUGCGUGACGCUGGGCAUGUUCCACCCCUGCGAGGACAGCCAGUGCCUCUCCGAGCGCUGCAAGAUCCUAGAGGACUUUGAUGACUUCAUCUUUGCGUUCUUCGCUGUGGAGAUGGUCAUUAAGAUGGUCGCUCUGGGAAUCUUUGGGAAGAAGUGCUACCUGGGAGACACAUGGAACCGGCUGGACUUCUUCAUUGUGCUGGCUGGGAUGCUGGAGUACUCCCUCAACCUACAGAAUGUCAGCUUCUCCGCUGUCCGAACCGUCAGAGUCCUGCGUCCGCUCAGAGCCAUCAACCGAGUGCCCAGUAUGCGGAUCUUGGUGACGCUGCUACUGGACACUCUUCCCAUGCUGGGUAACGUGCUGCUGCUGUGCUUCUUCGUCUUCUUCAUCUUCGGCAUCGUGGGAGUGCAGCUGUGGGCAGGGCUGCUCCGAAACCGCUGCUUCCUACCUGAGAACUUCACCCUGCCCCUGACGCUGGACCUGUACAGCUACUAUCACACGGAGAACGACGACGAGAACCCCUUUAUCUGCUCCCAGCCGCGGGAGAACGGCAUGCGCCUGUGCGGCUCCGUGCCCACACUGUAUGAGGAGGGGGUGCAGUGCCAGCUGGACUACAGCGCCUACAACAACACCGACAACACCACCUGCGUCAACUGGAACCGAUACUACACCAACUGCUCGGCGGGGGAGGUCAACCCCUUCAAGGGCGCCAUCAACUUCGACAACAUCGGCUACGCCUGGAUCGCCAUCUUCCAGGUUAUUACUCUGGAGGGAUGGGUGGACAUUAUGUACUUCGUGAUGGAUGCCCACUCCUUCUACAAUUUCAUCUACUUCAUCCUCCUGAUCAUAGUGGGGUCCUUCUUCAUGAUAAACCUGUGCCUGGUCGUCAUUGCCACGCAGUUUUCCGAGACGAAGCAGCGAGAGAGCCAGCUGAUGAAGGAGCAGCGGGUGCGCUUCAUGUCCAACGCCAGCACGCUGGCCAGCUUCUCUGAGCCGGGCAGCUGCUACGACGAGCUGCUGAAGUACCUGGUGCACGUGGUGCGCAAGGCCAGCCGGCAGGUGAGCCAGCUGAUGCGGGCAGCGGCUCUGAGGGCCGGCCUGAAGCUCCGAGCCCCACCAGGUCCGGAGCAGUCCUCGCACAAGAGGCGGCGGCGGAAACAACAGCAGGGCUCCGUCCACCACCUGGUGCACCACCACCACCACCACCACCACCACUACCACCUGGGCAACGGCAGCGUCCACCCGGACCGGCCGGUGCCCGAGCUGGCGGACGUGGAGACGGGUUCACUGCACAAUGGCAACGGCACGGGUCGCCUGAUGCUCCCGGCGCCCGUGCCCGCCACCACGAACCCGGCCGCCGUGCCCUCCGUGCCCCCUCCCACCCCUGGCAGCGCCGAGUCCGUGCACAGCGUCUAUCACGCUGACUGCCACUUCGAGCCUCUCCGGUGCACGCCCUCCCCGACCUCCGCCGCCGCCCCCGCCUUGCAGGGCAUCAAGAGAAACUCUAUGCCCUGUGCUGUAACGGCGGCACCCAAGAACUACCCCACCUUGCACCCCUCCUCCUCCAUGGAGCAGCCCAUCCAGAGGGCCCUGGCAGACCCGGCGGGCAGCAGCUGCGGAGCCAGCAUCCUCACCAACCUCAAUAUCCCCCCGCCUGCCCUCAGCACCAGCCAGUGCCUGGUGGAGACACACAGCCCCACAGGUCCAGGCAAGGGUCCCUGCAAGCUGUCCUCGACCAACUGCAGCAGCAGCAACCUAGACACCACCAUGACCUUUGACCCCGAGAGCUGCCCCUACUGCGUCAAGUCUGCGUGCAACGAUUCAGAAGGCACGGAGGGGAACGAGACCCCUGACUCAGACAGCGAGGGGGUGUACGAGUUCACCCAGGAUGCGCACUACCGGGACCGAAGGGACCCCAACAGGAAGGAGGGCUCUGCCAAAACGAAACUUGGGGCUCGGACACGGAAGGUGCUUCGCUUCUGGAAGCUGGUGUGCGAGACCUUCCGCAAGAUCGUGGACAGCAAGUACUUUGGCCGGGGCAUCAUGAUCGCCAUCCUCAUCAACACGUUAAGCAUGGGCAUCGAAUACCACGAGCAGCCUGACGAGCUGACCAACGCCCUGGAGAUCAGCAACAUCGUCUUCACCAGUCUUUUUGCUCUGGAGAUGCUGCUGAAGGUGCUGGUGUACGGCCCCUUUGGCUACAUCAAGAACCCCUAUAACAUCUUUGACGGCAUCAUCGUGGUGAUCAGUGUGUGGGAGAUAGUCGGGCAACAGGGCGGCGGUCUCUCCGUGCUCCGGACCUUCCGGCUGAUGCGUGUGCUGAAGCUGGUGCGCUUCAUGCCAGCACUGCAGAGGCAGCUGGUGGUGCUGAUGAAGACCAUGGACAACGUGGCCACCUUCUGCAUGCUCCUCAUGCUCUUCAUCUUCAUCUUCAGUAUACUCGGAAUGCACCUGUUUGGCUGUAAGUUCGGCUCAGAAAGAGAUGGGGACACACUGCCAGACCGCAAGAACUUUGAUUCUCUGCUGUGGGCCAUUGUCACUGUGUUCCAGAUUCUGACACAAGAAGACUGGAACAAGGUGCUGUAUAAUGGCAUGGCCUCCACAUCCCCUUGGGCAGCACUGUAUUUCAUUGCGCUCAUGACCUUCGGCAACUACGCUCUCUUCAACCUGCUGGUGGCCAUUUUGGUGGAGGGGUUCCAAACCGAGGAAGUGUCCAAGAGGGAGGAAAUGCAUGGCCAGCUCAGCUGUAUUCAGCUGCCAGUAGACUCAGGGGGGGACGCGUCCAAGUCUGACUCUGAGGCUGACUUCUACACGCGGAGCAUGGAGGACGUCUGCGGCAGCAAGAAAGAUGUGUCUGCCUCGUCCGUGGUGCCCAUCAAUGGACAUGUGGAUAUGAAAACCAGCCUGACACCACCCCUCAUCACCCAUACCGCUGCCACGCCUAUGCCUGUACCCAAAUGCGGAGGGGACCCGGCAUUGGGCUACGAGUCCCGAAGGGGCAGCAAUGUCUCGGUGGACCCCAGCUGCUAUGACGCAAAGUCUCCGUCGAGCGCACGCAGUUCGCCGUACGCUCCCUGGAGCACUGCCAGCAGCUGGAACAGUCGGCGCUCCAGCUGGAACAGCCUGGGCCGGGCCCCCAGCCUGAAGAGGCAGAAGCGGCAGUCCGGAGAGCGGCGCUCGCUCCUGUCGGGGGACGGCCAGUCCAGCUCCGACGAGGAGGGGGGCGGCGGGGGCACGUCGGAGGGCGACGACGGGUCCCUCUCCAGGACGGACUCCCUGCACCACCCGCGGCACCGGCGGAUGGAGUCCAUAGAGACCAAGAGCUCCUUCGACCUGCCCCCUGACACCCUGCAGGUGCCCUCGUACUUGUACCGCUCGGCCAGCAUGCACAGCACCCGGCCCCCGAACCUCGGCACAGCCGAGCACCAGGACUGCAAUGGCAAGAGCUCCCCCACCACCCCCCUGCCCCCCCAGCUCUCCCUGGACGACCCGCACAGCGAGGAUGACAACGGUGAUGAGGAGGUCAACAUGAGUCGCAAGGCCAGGCUGUUCAGGUGGUUCGAGAGGAGGCAGCCCGAGUGGUGUCGCCAGAGGACCACCUGGUCUCUCUACCUGUUCCCACCUCAGUCCAGGUUUCGUAUAACGUGCAAUAAGAUCAUCACUCACAAGAUGUUCGACCACAUCGUCCUGGUCAUCAUCUUCCUCAACUGCAUCACCAUUGCCAUGGAGAGGCCUAGGAUCGAUCCCAGCAGUGCUGAGCGCAUCUUCCUGACGCUGUCCAACUACAUCUUCACCGCCAUCUUCGUGGCCGAGAUGACAGUAAAGGUGGUGGCUCUAGGCUUGUGCUUCGGGGAACGAGCCUACCUGAAGAGCAGCUGGAAUGUCCUGGACGGAAUGCUUGUGAUGAUCUCUGUCAUCGACAUCCUGGUGUCCCUGAUCUCCAACAGCGGGACCAAGAUCCUGGGCAUGCUGCGUGUGCUGCGGCUUCUGAGGACGCUGCGGCCUCUCAGGGUGAUCAGCCGGGCGCCGGGCCUCAAGCUAGUGGUGGAGACCUUGAUGUCGUCCCUGAAACCCAUCGGAAACAUCGUUGUCAUCUGCUGUGCCUUUUUCAUCAUCUUUGGCAUCCUGGGAGUGCAGCUGUUUAAGGGAAAGUUCUUUGUGUGCCAAGGGGAGGACACCAGGAAUAUCACUAACAAAUCUGACUGCCUGCAAGCCAGCUACAAGUGGGUCCGGCACAAGUAUAACUUCGACAACCUUGGUCAGGCACUGAUGUCCCUCUUUGUUCUGGCAUCAAAAGAUGGCUGGGUGGACAUCAUGUACGAUGGGCUGGAUGCUGUGGGGGUGGAUCAGCAGCCUGUCAUGAACUACAACCCCUGGAUGCUGCUGUACUUCAUCUCCUUCCUGCUGAUCGUGGCCUUCUUCGUGCUCAACAUGUUUGUGGGCGUGGUGGUGGAGAACUUCCACAAGUGCCGGCGGCACCAGGAGGCGGAGGAGGCCAAGCGCCGAGAGGAGAAGCGCCUGAAGCGUAUGGAGAAAAAGAGAAGGAAUGUAAUGCUGACGGAUGUCAGUUGGGCCGGCUCAGAAGGCACAGAGACAGAAGCACAGUGUAAGCCCUACUACUCGGACUACUCCCCGACCCGGCUGCUGAUCCACAAGAUGUGCACCAGUCACUACUUGGACCUCUUCAUCACUGUGGUCAUCGGCCUCAACGUCAUCACCAUGUCAAUGGAGCACUACCAGCAGUCAAAGAUGCUAGACGAAGCUCUAAAGAUCUGCAACUACAUCUUCACUAUCAUCUUCGUCCUGGAGUCCGUCUUCAAGCUGGUGGCCUUUGGGUUCCGCAGAUUUUUUAAAGACAGGUGGAACCAGCUGGACCUGGCUAUCGUGCUGCUGUCCAUCAUGGGCAUCACGUUGGAGGAGAUUGAAGUCAAUGCCUCCCUACCGAUCAACCCCACCAUAAUCCGCAUCAUGAGGGUCCUACGCAUUGCCCGCGUGCUGAAGCUGCUGAAGAUGGCAGUAGGAAUGAGGGCUCUGCUGGACACUGUGAUUCAGGCCCUACCUCAGGUGGGGAAUCUGGGACUUCUCUUCAUGCUGCUGUUCUUCAUCUUCGCCGCACUGGGAGUGGAGCUAUUCGGUGACCUGAUAUGUGAUGAGCUCCACCCGUGCGAGGGUCUGGGUCGCUACGCCACCUUCAGAAACUUCGGCAUGGCCUUCCUCCUCCUGUUCCGAGUAUCCACGGGGGACAACUGGAACGGCAUCAUGAAGGACACGCUGCGGGACUGCGGCCAGGACACGGGCAUCUGCUACAACACCGUGGUGUCGCCCAUCUACUUCGUGUCCUUCGUGCUGACGGCGCAGUUCGUGCUGGUCAACGUGGUCAUCGCCGUCCUCAUGAAGCACCUGGAGGAGAGCAACAAGGAGGCCAAGGAGGAGGCGGAGCUGGAGGCGGAGCUCGAGAUGGAGCUGCAGACCAUGGGGGGCGAGGGAGGGCCCCUCUCUCCCUUGGCCCUGGGCGAAGGGAUUGGUCCGGGGGGGCCUCCCUGGAUGUCCGGGGAGCUGCAAGACAGACCCAACCCCCCAGCCAGCCCCCCUGCUGACAUCCCCAGAGACUCAGCACACAUAAAGGCAGAUUCUCCUCUCUGCCUGGAGCCUCCGCUCAUGAGGAGGGCCAUGUUUGACUCAGUGUCCCUGGUGAUCCAGGGCUCGCUGGAGGGAGAGCUCAGCCUCAUGGACAACCUGUCAGGCUCCAUCUACCACUACUACGCCUUGCCCCCACUGCCCAGCAAGUACUGCGCUGAGAAACAGAUCCCUCUAGCGGAGAUGGAGGCUCUGUCUCUGGCGUCGGAGAAAUCCUGGUCCUUAGCUCUGACGGACGACUCCGUCCCCGAUGAUUUUAACCCCCCCUUACUAACCAGUCUGGAGUGCAAUAUGGAGGUGAAGGACCCUGGGGAGCAGCUGGAGGAGAACCUGCUGUGUGUGAGGAAGACCUCCGUGGGCCGCACACACUCCCUGCCUAAUGACAGCUACAUGUUCCUGCCGCUGCAGCGCCCCGGGACCCCCACUCCACACACCAAAUCACCUCACAGGGCCCAGUCAGGUUCCAGCAGCUCAGUGCGCUCCCAGCCGGAGAACACCUCCCAGCAGCUGGCAGUGCCCACUGAGCUAUUUCGGCCUAUCAGCCCCCACAGCCUCUCCGACUCAGAGAGCAUCCCCCGCAUCCCUCCCCCACAGCGCACACACACCUUCUCCCGCACCCUGCGCAGACAGGUGGCGGUGGCCAAUGACUCACAGGAGGCACUGUAUUCAGACGCAGGGGAAAGUGAUGUGGCACAGGGGCACAGUGGACUGUCAGUGCCCUCUGCUGGCUUCCCCUCGCAACAGCAGCCCGCAGUCCUCCUGGUUCCCGCCACGCCAGGGGCCUCGCCCACGCCGGCGCGCUCCAGCGUGCACACCCAGCACAACCCCCAUGACCAGUACAACGUCUCCAAAUCCCCUCCGCCCCCUCCCCCCGCGCUCCCCGCCCGCAGCGAGUCCUCCGGAAAUCAGGAGGAGGGCUCGGUGGACCAGGAGGUGUCCCGCAUCAUCAGGGCGGGGCUGGCGGGCAGCGGCAGCGGGGGUGAGGGGAGGAGCCCCUGCCUGCGGCAGCUGAAGAAGUUCCACAGCGCGGACACUCAGGGCAGGCGGGUGCUGCUGGCGAGGCCCACCUCCUGGCUGGACGACCCGCGGCGGCACUCCAUCGAGGUGUGCUCGUCGGUGGAGAGCAGCCCCCAGCGCAGCUCCGUCUCCUCGGGCUUCGUGUCCCGGGCCGACAGCCUGCAGCAGGCGCACCUGCAGACCUCGCCCCGCCGCAAGAAGAAGAUGAGCCCGCCCUGCAUCUCCGUGGACCCGCCCGACGGACUGGAGCCCGGCCCCGGGUUUCACCCUGCACUAGGCCUGGGGAUGCCCCCUCCUCUCCCCAGCAGGGACACCUGCCUGAGGCGACGGGCGCCCUCCAGCGACUCCAAGGACUCGUUCGACCUGGGCGGCGGAGAGGGGCUUCCCCCGGAAGGCGUCCCCAACCCAAAGCUAUUGACUCUGCCCAGCUUCUCCUUCGAGAAGGCGGGCACCGAGUACUGAGCACUGACCCACGCGCACACACAAACACACACUGAAAGUGGUAGUGAUAGUAAUAAUACUGUAGAGUAAUAAUGAUAAAUAAUGAUAAUUACAACUAUGGUAACAGUCCAUGAUCAUGAAGAAUAGUGACCAUCAUCGUCUUUUUUUCUGUACUGCCAAAACGAACAAAAAAAAGAAAACAAUUCAAAGAGGACGAAACCAUGCGGAGAUGAUAACAAUGACUGUUUCUCUUCCAAGACACUUGCAAAUCUUUGCAGGUGUAACCCCUUGUCCUCCUCUGAGAAGCUGGCACUGGGCCUGGGCAGGGCGACCUCUGCUGGCCGCUUUGGGGAUCUGUUCAGUGUUGUUCUGUGGGACUCUGCCCAGGACAGGGCAGUCUUGGAGGUAUAAAGCAAUAUGAACGUUUUAGAGACACUAUUUUCUUAAAUUAUU